GAGGUGAGUGUAGAUGAUGAGUCGAGCAUAGAGUGGCCAGAAGUCAGAUUUUUUUGUUGCUGUUGCUUUUGCUAUGGGCUUCUUGCCGAGGCAUUUCGGUCUGUGAGAGGAUUGGGAAGGGUCCUUGCAUUAGAGCCAGGGAAACAGCUCUGAUUUGAAAAAACUAGACAUCUCUCCCCAAGUACCCGGCAGAGAACCAGAAGUUAUUUUCUAUAGAACUGUGGAAUGUGCACUUGGAAGUCCCACAAAGCAGACAGAAGAUGCUCCAAACCAGCAACUACAGCCUGGUGCUCUCGCUACAGUUCCUGCUGCUGUCCUAUGACCUGUUUGUCAACUCCUUCUCCGAGCUCCUCCGAAUGGCUCCUGUCAUCCAGCUGGUGCUUUUCAUCAUCCAGGAUAUUGCAAUCCUCUUCAACAUCAUCAUAAUUUUCCUGAUGUUCUUCAACACCUUCGUCUUCCAGGCUGGCCUGGUCAAUCUCCUGUUCCAUAAGUUCAAAGGGACCAUCAUUCUGACCUCUGUGUACCUCGCUCUCAGCAUCUCCCUUCAUGUCUGGGUCAUGAACUUGCGAUGGAAAAAUUCCAACAGCUUCAUUUGGACAGAUGGACUUCAAACACUGUUUGUGUUCCAGAGACUAGCGGCUGUGCUGUACUGCUACUUCUACAAGCGGACAGCUGUGAGGCUGGGUGACCCCCGCUUCUACCAGGACUCACUGUGGCUGCGAAAGGAGUUCAUGCAAGUCCGAAGGUGACCGCUUCAUGUCCUGUGGAUGAAUACCUUUCCUUCCUCGUAGAAGCCGCCUGGGCUGCUUUCCAGGGAAGGACAUGGACGUCCUAAGACAUGCUCAGCCUUCAAGAAGGAGGACUCUCCAGGCAUGGUUGGAAACUGAGGCAGGAGAACUAUUGUGGGUUCGGCUACCCUGGGCCUACCUAGUGAGUUCUAGGAUAGCCUGCAGGAGGAGACUCUAUCUCAAAAAAAAAGACCUUCCCUAUUCCAAAUUAAAGUUGUUUCCCUGAGACCAUAGAACAAAGGGCAAUCUUGCCUCCUACCUCUGUCCAUCUAGUCUCUUCUCCCCCUGCUCUCCUGAUACUGUACUUGAGUGACGGGGCUGCAGACAAUGACGGCGUGUCCUCCUGACUGACUACACCUUGGUCCUUUAGAUUUUAUACCCAGGUACUUUUUUAUAGUUCUAAAAGGAAAUAAAUUGAAUUCUUUUUUU